AUAAUCUUUACUUAUUUCAAAUACAAAAAAAAUCACUCUUCUCUGGAACUAAAAGAAACACAAAGUACAAUCGCCCCACUCUUCUUGUAACGCUGUGAAAGAAUCCUGCUCAUCAGAACGAAUUCUAACGGGUCGCUGAAUGUGAAGCUCACCUCACCAACAAAGCGCGGUUUCCUCCCUCGCGAUCCUCCCUCAUGGUCGUGCACCCGGCUCACCUCACCAACAAAGCGCGGUUUCCUCCCUCACCAUCCUUCCUCGUGGUCGCGCACCCGGCUCACCUCAACAACAAAGCGCGGUUUCCUCCCUCGCGAUCCUCCCUCAUGGUCGUGCACCCGGCUCACUUCACCAACAAAGCGCGGUUUCCUCCCUCACCAUCCUUCCUCGUGGUCGCGCACCCGGCUCACCUCAACAACAAAGCGCGGUUUCCCCCCUCGCGAUCCUUCCUCGUGGUCGCGCACCCGGCUCACCUCAACAACAAAGCGCGGUUUCCUCCCUCACCAUCCUUCCUCGGGAUCGCGCACCCGGCUCACCUCACCAACAAAGCGCGGUUUCCUCCCUCGAGAUCUUUCCUCGUGGUCGCGCACCCGGCUCACCUCAACAACAAAGCGCGUUUUCCCCCCUCGCCAUCCUUCCUCGUGGUCGCGCACCCGGCUCACCUCAACAACAAAGCGCGGUUUCUUCCCUCACCAUCCUUCCUCGUGGUCGCGCACCCGGCUCACCUCAACAACAAAGCGCGGUUUCUUCCCUCACCAUCCUUCCUCGUGGUCGCGCACCCGGCUCACCUCAACAACAAAGCGCGUUUUCCCCCCUCGCCAUCCUUCCUCGUGGUCGCGCACCCGGCUCACCUCAACAACAAAGCGCGGUUUCCUCCCUCGAGAUCCUUCCUCGUGGUCGCGCACCCGGCUCACCUCAACAACAAAGCGCGGUUUCCUCCCUCACCAUCCUUCCUCAUGAUCGUGCACCCGGCUCACCUCAACAACAAAGCGCGGUUUCCCCCCUCGCCAUUCUUCCUCAUGGUCGUGCACCCGGCUCACCUCAACAACAAAGCGCGGUUUCCUCCCUCACCAUCCUUCCUCGUGGUCGCGCACCCGGCUCACCUCAACAACAAAGCGCGGUUUCCUCCCUCACCAUCCUUCCUCGUGGUCGCGCACCCGGCUCACCUCAACAACAAAGCGCGGUUUCCUCCCUCACCAUCCUUCCUCGUGAUCGUGCAGCCGGUUGGAUUUCACAGUCAUGGAAGUUCUGCUUUAAAAUCCGUUUCUAAAGAAGUGUUAAUGUGGAAAAACCAGGAAAUUUGUGAGCCGACCAAACAGAAUUUGAAUUCUGUUUCUGAAAAUAAGUAAUUAUGGGAAACACAAAUGCUGACUUCAAGGAGAAGCUGAAGCCAAGAGUAUUAAUCACAGUGGUGAAGAAAAGAAAGAUGACCCCAAGUAAGAAAGCCCAGAAAGGCACUUGCUGUUGACUCCCUCAGAAAGGACACCACGAAAGACCAAGUAUCGUGUAAAUAAGAAGAAAAAAAAAGUGAGGAAGAAACACCAUACCGUGUUGAGAGCUGUAAAGGGUCUGAGAUUUUACUCCAUGUGGAGCUAACAAACUAACUAGCCUGUCACAAGUUCAAGGAUGCUGUCAGAAGACUCAAUAUUCCUGGGUAAGAGACAAAGGACAGUAUCAACCAUGGCAGUGCCUGGGCAUCCCACAUUUGUGUUUAUUCUCCUUGCCCACAAAAAUGAUGUGGAAUGCCCUUGAUGAAACCUGUACACAGUGGGUUGCAUUACAGGAGAAAAUCUCAGAGAAUUAAGAACCCAAAUACAUUAUUGUGAGUGGUGAGCAUGGCUGCCCUUGGCUCCCCGGGAAGACAACAUCUGUAUCUUCCAACACUGUUAACUGCACAGACAUCCUUGAAAAGAUAGUCCAGAACAAAGGGUGGUUAGUGCCUUGCUGGCAAAAUGUGAUGAAAAUAUGACACUCAAUGAAAUUAUCGUCCAAUGUGCCUUUCUCAUAUGAAAUAGACAACACUUUAAAAAUAACUCUAAUUAAAUUUUUAUACAUUCCAAUUUGGGAAGCAGUGAUAUUUUAAAUUAUGGCAAAAUUCACUGGAUAGCAAUGUCAGGGAGAGAAUGGGGAGGCCAUGCUGAGAAAAUGUUUAUACGUGCAAAAAGAUAAUUGCGUAGGACCUCAUAAACAGCUUUUGAAUUUGCCAGUGACAAACUCAAGUGUGCUAUGGAAGAGUCAGCUCCUGCAACCUGGAGCAGAGGCAAGGGGUCCGUCCUCAGUGAGUGUGGUGGGUCAAAUGGUGCCCCCAAAAACCUCAGAAUGUGACUGUGCUUGAAAUAAGAGUCUUUGCAGAGACAAAGAAGGAGACACAGAGAGACAAAGAGACAAAGAGAGGAGGGUGAUGUGAAGAUGGACAUAGAGAUCAAAUCCAUGAAGCUAAGGAAUUCCAGGAAGCAGAGAGAGCUGAGAGAGAGAUAUGGAACAGACCCUCUCUCUGAGCUUCCAGAAGGUGUGAUUUUGGACUUCUCAUCCGCAGAUCUGGGAGAGAAUAAAUUUCUGUUGUUUUAAGCCA